AUGAGCAAUAUCUACGAGUCGGCGGAGGCCACGCUGGGCUUCAUCAGCUCGCCGUGUCUGACCAAAGUGGAGCUGAGAGUGGCCUGUCGGGGAAUCUCCGACCGAGAUGCCCUCUCCAAGCCCGACCCUUGCGUGGUUCUCAAGAUGCAAUCUCACGGGCAGUGGUUUGAGGUUGACCGCACUGAGGUGAUCCGCAGCAGUAGCAGCCCGGUUUUCUCCAAGAUUUUUCUUGUGGAUUAUUACUUUGAAGAAGUCCAAAGGCUGCGUUUUGAACUUCACGACAUCAGCUCGGGCAACAAUGGCCUGCGGGAUGCUGACUUUCUCGGGGCUAUGGAGUGCACUUUAGGGCAGAUUGUUUCUCAAAGGAAGCUCACUAAGGCGCUUCUGAAACAAGGAAAUACUGCUGGGAAGUCUUCCAUCAUGGUGACGGCGGAGGAGCUGACGGGUAACGACGACUACGUCGAACUCUCCUUCAGUGCUCGGAAGUUGGACGACAAGGACUUCUUCAGCAAAUCGGACCCUUUCCUGGAGAUUUUUAGAAUAAAUGACGACGGGAGUGAGUCUCUCGUACAUCGAACGGAGACAGUGAUGAACAACUUGAGCCCUGUUUGGAAAUCCUUUAAAGUUUCCUUGAAUACGCUCUGCAGUGGCCAUCAGGAACGGGAGCUCAAGUGCACCGUUUGGGAUUGGGACUCCAAUGGAAAGCAUGAUUUUAUCGGGGAGUUUCAGACAACGUUCAAGGAGAUGAGGGCGGAGCAAGAGGGAAAGCAGUGGGAGUGCAUCAACCCCAAAUACCAGAUGAAAAAGAAAAAUUAUCGAAACUCAGGCGUCGUCUUCCUCAACCACUGUAAGAUCAUCAAAAUGUAUUCAUUCUUGGAUUACAUCAUGGGCGGCUGUCAAAUCCAGUUCACAGUGGCGAUAGACUUCACGGCGUCCAACGGGGAUCCACGAAACAGCUGCUCCCUCCAUUACAUCCACCCCUACCAACCCAACGAGUAUCUGAAAGCUUUAGUGGCCGUGGGGGAGAUCUGCCAAGACUAUGACAGCGAUAAAAUGUUCCCGGCUUUUGGUUUCGGAGCUUUAAUACCGCCUGACUUCAAGGUGUCGCAUGAUUUCGCCGUCAACUUUGAUGAAGACAAUCCGGAAUGCGCCGGAAUCCAAGGUGUGGUUGAGGCCUACCAGAAUUGCCUUCCCAAGAUUCAACUGUACGGGCCUACCAAUAUAGCCCCCAUCAUCCAGAAAGUUGCCUCGUCCGCCUCUGAGGAGAUGCACACCAAAGAGGCAAUGGAAUAUUUCAUCCUCCUCAUCCUCACCGAUGGCGUCAUCACCGACAUGGCCGACACACGGGAAGCCAUCGUGCACGCCUCCCACCUGCCCAUGUCGGUCAUCAUCGUCGGCGUGGGCAACGCAGACUUCACCGACAUGCAGAUCUUAGACGGCGACGACGGCAUUCUGCGCUCCCCCAAGGGCGAGCCCGUCCUGCGCGACAUCGUCCAGUUCGUCCCCUUCAAGGAUUUCAAGCACGCGUCCCCGGCCGCCUUGGCAAAAAGCGUCCUGGCAGAAGUCCCCAACCAGGUGGUGGAUUACUAUAACGCUAAAGGCAUCAAACCCAAGUGCAUGUCGGACUAUGAGACCAGCAGAACCUUCAGUCCCUGA